CCUGGCUGGUUAACAACCGUGUUUUAUGUGGUUUCUUCUAACAUUACCUACUACAUUAACCGCAGGGCACCAUCUCCAUACAGCUAUCCCGCCCAUCAGCGUCACUGAUUCCAAUGUGAGAGAGAGAGAAAGGAGCGAGGCUGCCUCUGAUCACACACAUCCACACUCAGUCAGGAGCAGCAGCAGAGGCGCACAGAGACAGAGAGAGGAGGAACACACUGAGCUGAGUGAGUGAGAGGUCGGGGAUCCUUCACUGGUUUUUCACGUUGCAUGAACACAACCCCCAGGAUCUAAAGAUGUGGACAGAAGUCGGAAAGCUUGUGCUAUUACAUUUGUUACUCAUGGAGCUCCACUGCGCUAAAGGAACUAAUACGGAGUCGGAGUGUGAAACCGGGCAGUUUCAGUGCAAGAACGGACGGUGCAUCCCGACCCUGUGGAGAUGUGACGAUGACGACGACUGCUCGGACAGCAGCGACGAGGAGAACUGUCCAAAGAAGACAUGUGCGACCACAGACUUUGCCUGUAAGAAUGGACAGUGCGUCCCGUCUAGGUGGCGCUGUGACGGAGAACCGGAGUGUGCAGACGGUUCAGACGAGGCUGAUGCAAUCUGCAGCCGACAGACCUGUCCACCAGAGAAGUUCGAUUGCGGAGGGGCUGCAAGCAAAUGCGUUUCGUUGUCAUGGCGAUGCGACGGAGAGAGGGACUGUGAGAACGGAGCUGAUGAGGAGCAGUGCGCUGCAGAUGCCAAGGCCUGCCCCUCCAAAGAUUUCGCGUGCCGCAAUGGGAAGUGUGUGGCGCCGAUCUUCGUGUGCGACGGCGACGACGACUGCGGGGACGCCAGCGACGAGGAGAAGUGCACGGCCCCCACCUGCGGCCAGCACGAGUUCCGUUGCAACGACUCGGAGUGCAUCCCCGCCUUGUGGAGUUGCGACGGCGACCCGGACUGCAAGGACAAGUCGGACGAGUCCAUGGAGCGCUGCAGCCGGAGGACGGAGCCCCAGAAGCCUCGCUGCCCGGUGGGCGAGUUCCAGUGUGGGAGCGGGGAGUGUGUCCACAUGAACUGGAAGUGCGACGGAGACGCAGACUGCAAAGAUAAAUCGGAUGAAGCAAACUGUCCCCUGCUUACAUGUCGACCUGAUGAGUUCCAGUGUGGUGAUGGAUCUUGUAUCCACGGCACCAAACAGUGUAAUAAAGUUCACGACUGUCCGGACUACAGUGAUGAAGCUGGCUGCAUCAACGUUACAAAGUGUGACGGGCAGAGAAAGUUCCGCUGUAAGAACGGAGAGUGUAUCGACAGCAGCAAGGUGUGUGACAAUGUGAAAGACUGCAAGGACUGGUCUGACGAACCUAUGAAGGAGUGCGGCCUGAAUGAGUGUGCAGACAACAAUGGCGGCUGCUCUCACAUCUGCAGGGACCGCAGAAUUGGUUAUGAGUGUGACUGUCCUUCUGGGUACAAACUCCUGGACAAAAAGACUUGUGGAGAUAUAGAUGAGUGUGAGAACCCAGAUGCCUGCAGUCAGAUCUGCAUCAACUACAAAGGAGAUUAUAAGUGUGAAUGCUACGAAGGCUAUGAGAUGGACCCCGCCUCUAAGACCUGCAAAGCCGUGGGAAAGAGUCCAUACCUGAUGUUCACCAACCGCCAUGAGAUCCGUCGCAUUGACCUGCUGAAGAGUGAAUACACGCAGGUGGUUCCCACGCUGAAGAACGCAGUGGCCCUGGAUGUAGACGUGUCCACCAACAAGAUGUUCUGGUGUGAUCUGUAUCAUCGUAAAAUAUACAGCGCUUACAUCAACAAGGCCAGCGACUCGUCGCAGCAGGUGACUCUCAUCGACUCGCUCCACUCCCCAGAGGGCCUGGCCGUCGACUGGGUCCACAAGAACAUCUACUGGACCGACUCUGGCAACAAGAGCAUCGCCGUCGCCACGGGAGACGGCAGGAAGAGGAAAGUGCUGAUAGCCACCGAGCUGAGCGAGCCGCGGGCCAUCGCGGUGGAUCCGCACCAAGGGUUUAUGUACUGGUCAGACUGGGGAGGUCAGGCCAAAAUUGAGAAGGCUGGGAUGAAUGGAGUGGACCGACAAGUGUUGGUGUCCGAACACAUCGAGUGGCCCAAUGGGAUCACCCUGGACUUGUCUAACAGGCGUCUCUACUGGGUGGACUCCAAGCUGCACCUGCUGUCCAGUGUGGACCUGAAUGGGGACAACCGCAAAGUGCUGCUGUCCUCCCAACACCACCUGGGACACCCCUUCGCCCUCACUGUGUUCGAGGAUCGUAUAUAUUGGACAGACCUGGAGGACGAAGCGAUAUACAGCGCCAACCGACUGACGGGACACGAUGUGGCAAAGGUGGCAGAGCACCUCAACAACCCCCUGGACCUGGUGGUGUUUCAUGAACAGAGGCAGCCCAAGGCCCCAGAUACCUGCAACAUGGGCAGCCUGCCUAACGGUGGCUGUGAGUACCUGUGCCUGAAGGCUCCGCAGAUCACAGACCACUCUCCCAAGUACACCUGUGCCUGUCCUGAUGGCAUGGAGCUGGGACCAGACAUGAGGCGCUGUGCUAUAGUCCGACCCAGAACAACCACAACAACUGCUCCAACCACCACCAUCACCACCACAGCUCCCACCACAACCACUACAACAAGCGCUACAACAACGAGCAUAACUGUUAGCACCACCACCACGACUGCCCCUACUACCGCCCCCACCACCACCACGACCGCAAGCUCCACUACCACCUCUGCUGCUACGACACUCAGGCCCACAACCAGACGCUUGACAUCGCCCGCCCCUCCUCCGCCCCCCAGGAGAACCUCUACGGAGCAGCCUCGAACCCCCGUCGCCACGAGUACAGAGACGACCAGUUUCAGCAACACACGUCGGACGUCCACAUCCACACACACACCUCUACUGGGCCCGGUGGCCCCCAACAGCAUUCAGAGAGAGAGCAACGCCAACCUCUCCCACAGAGGUAAGGAUCACGCUGCGAGUGAUCACUACCUCAUAGGUAACAACAUCACAGUAGCUGUUCUGGGGAUAGUCAUUCCUAUCGUCCCUAUCCUUGCCACAGUGGUCAUCGGCUUGCUCUGCACCGGCGGGUACCUGAUCUGGCGCAACUGGCGGCGCAAGAACACCAAGAGCAUGAACUUCGACAACCCCGUUUACCGCAAGACCACGGAGGACGACGACGACGAGAUCCACAUCGGGCGCCACAGCGAGUCCAUCGGUCACGUGUAUCCAGCAGUGAGUGGAAGCCACAGUCAGCCGUUCAUAGCGCUUCCUCUAGGGGGCGGUGUCACAGACAGCAACUCUCACUGGUACUCAGGGGCGCCGAUGCUCGCCAGCGGCAAAUGAGAGGAGCCUCGGAGGAAAGGAAGGAGUUUGGAAUAUUUUGGGAUACGGGAGGAUGGGCAGGGGUUUGGUAACGCCCGUUUGUUGUACACGUAGGCCUGGUGGAAAGAAAGAACAGGCUUGCACACGCCCACAAUCUCACACAACCAUUUUUGCAGUAAUCACUGAAAACACUAAUCAUACACACACACAUAAGCCCUUCACGAGUACAUCACAUUUAUUUCACCUCCAUGACCAUAAUCAUACAGUACAUAUGUUCGUUGCCAACCUGCCAUCCCAUUUACUUGUAUGUUGUGUUAGUUUUGGUGAUUCAAGUGUUUGUUCCGUUACUGGGCGACAUGUGUUUCUUAUGAGGACCCCGUUUCCUGACAAAACUCCUUACACAGACACAUAUCAUAGUUUGUUUACAGAAGCAGCUGAUGCAACAGAAUUUUGUGGAUGUUUCUUUGUUAUGUUUGCUGCUAAAAAUGAUAACAAAGGGUCAUCCGGACAGUAGAGGGGCACUGAGACUUAAAUAAUUGCUGCUGUCUCUAUGCAGUGCAGCUAUAUGAAAGAGAGAUGCAUGAUGGGAGGGCCUUUACAGUGGCGUUGAGAUUUUAGUGUUUCGAUGUCUUUGAGGGGAAAGAAGACUAGCUUUAGGGGCCGUGUCCACCAAAGCGUUUUUUCCUGAGGCCAGCAUAUCUUUUAAAUGCUUUGCAAAGGGAAUACACUAUGAUAAGAACACCAGCAGCGUGGCGAGGCGCUAAAUGUCUUUUCUGCGCCGAGCGCUGCACGUUUAAAAAAAAUUUCAGGUCGCUGAGAGUUAAAAAAUGUUCAACUUUGGGUAAAACGCUUCACUCGUCACUGUCACUUUUUACCCAGCCGUCCAAUCAGAGUGGAGGAGGGGCGGGACAAACAGCAUUUGUUAUCAAAUGUGUUUAUUAUUAUGCGUUUGUUGUGGUCUUAUUGUGUAUGUUAUGCUAUUAUUUUUAUGACUUUAUGUUGUCCUCAUGUCUGGAGCACUGGACCACACAAACUUCCCCCGUGUGGGAUAAUAAAUGUCAUCUGAAUCUGAACCGAACGAUCGUACUCGCCCACAAAAUCUCAUGGACCCACAUAGACUGGCAGGUCCAUCCUCUCUCCCUAUGUGCUUCAGCCUUUCCUUCAUCCAGAGCGAGAGCCAGAGCAAGCACCUUGUGCCCACAUGUUUACUUACGCAAAUAUUCCGUAUCAUAGCAACCAGAUGCAACCAAAGCAUCUCAGCUGAAAAAAGUGCUGCGCCUCCAAAGCGCUCUCAAGCACUCCCAGCUGAGCAUUUUUCACAAGAGCGCCUGGUGACUGGCGUUAGCUUGGGAAAAAUGCUUUGGUGGACACGGCCCCUUAUAGGCACUGCAAAUAAAUUGCUAAUUUUUAGAGUGGAUUGUAACAUCAUGUCAUUGCCCUCACAGUAAGUGGAUUUUACUUUUGUCGUUACAGUGUAAAUAAGACAUGGAGGAUAACAAGGGGAGCACAAAUCAGAACCAAGGACAGUCCAAAAGAAUUAAUCUCAUAUUCUUUCUUAAGUACAGUUGCAGAAAAUCUCCACAUUUCAUGAGUUGCAGACUACCCUGUUGAUUUCCCACUGAUGCAUUUCUGAGAAUCACUCAUCAGGCGUGGAGCUGCGUUUUCUUUAAUCUCCAGGAAACAAUGCCAACUGUGAUUUGCACAAAACUGCACUUAAACGUAUAGGAUGCUUAUGACAUGUAUUGAAUUUAUUUGUUAUUCUAUGUAUCGGAAAGCCAGCAGGGAAGGGCAGCCAAAACGGAUUAUACAUAGGGGGGGUGGGAGUCUAGCGCUUUGAUCGGUUGGCAUGGUAACACAGAUUGCUUUGUGUUGCUCCAGAGAGAACGGAGGCAAAGAAUUCUGGGUAUCAUUGGCAUGAUGUCAGGCUGGAGACACACACUCACACACACACUCACAGGAAACAGGUGCACGACUGAAUCAUAUUAAGAUUCAAGGUCGAAUUAGCAACCAGCCUCAGUGAAGGGCUGCAGAGAGGGAACUAUACUCUCUCGUCUCCCAGUUUGAUUAUUUACAUCUGCACUAAUCUCCUUUAUUGUCUUUUACUUGUUUUCUUCCUCCUGUCCUCUCCUUCGCUCUCCUUUUGUGGCAGUGUGGCAACUCAGACAGCCAGAGGAAUCAGGUUGGCAUUAUGUGGGCCAGACAUUUGCAGCCGUAGGGAAGCAUCCUGCAUUCCAGAGAAGGAGGGAAUGAACAAGGGAGGGAGGGGUUGGAAAGAGGAGAAGAGGAAGGUCAGGGAGAGGAGAGGAGGGAGAGGAGAGGACUGCAAGAAGGAAGCAGAAAAAUGGAUUCUAUAUGAACCUGCCUUUUUCUUUUCUGGGUGCCGUCUAAACGUGAAUUUCGAUUUCUUUCUUUAUUCUCUGUCCAGGGUCUGAAAUGAACUUUUUUCGUUUUUGUUUUUUUUUGUCUGCCAAUGACAAAUUGUAUCUGCCAGUACUGUACAGUACUGUACUUUACUAUUGUCAUCUAUAGUGGUUAUUUGCAUAAAAACACACAAUUCAAAUGAUUAUGAUUAUUUGAAUAUUUGCUUUUUAAUAUAUAUCUUAGCAUCAGUAGUUUUAAUGAUGCAUUAUAACCUUCUAACAGCUCGUGUUAGGAAGUUAAACAGGUCUUAACUCCCUCACUAAUAUCUAUUUUACAUUGCUGUGAAACCAUCUCCUUCAAACAACUGGAUUUAUUCAAGGUUUUCGCCAAAAGCUGCAUUUUAUGAGAUUAUUUGAACACAUCAUGAUAACAUUGUAAUUUACCUUCACUUAAAUACUCAUUUUUAUUGAACAGAGCAUUAAAGCACCAUAAUGGCACCUCCGGUAACGUUACCAGCUCCGUUAUUUAGCCAAGCAGGACUGCUGCACAGCGGUUUCUAACCGCUAACAUUACUAACUCUCCUCCUGUUGAUUUCAACACAGAUUUGUUGUUCACAGUGCAGCAUUUUCAAGGUAAAAUAGGGUGCACCUCUAAGGUUUAGUAGCACCACGCUUUUGAGCGCUUUUGUUUUUCUCACCGCCGUGGCUCCGGUCCCAAACAAACUGAAACAUGAUACAGCGUGCUUAUGCAUCAUUGUGCAUGCGUAACUGUCAGAAAGCAUCAAUACAGAGGAAUCAGUAGUCACGGAGGCAUGAGAUGCCAAGGAAUCAGGCAACUAAACCAGUUCUCUAUUCACAUCACUAGAGUUUUUUCCUGCCUGGCAAAGUGGCGGAUGGCCUGACGAUUUUACCUGCCACUGCCAACAAUUUACCCAUAUUUGGCGGGUGGCGGGUGCUAAUUUCAGGCCCUGUCUCUGUCCAUGUUACUCUGUUUUCUUUUUGUGUAUCUCUCUCUCUCUCUCUCUGUCUCUCUCUGUCUCUCUUUCUCUCUCUCUCUCUCUCUCUCUCUCUCUCUCUCUCUCUCUCCCUCCUUCACCAGCCUACCGUGGUAACAGUCUUUUUAUCUGCUGUUUGCAGCGCGUGGCACUCAGUCUGGAGGAUGAUGGCUAUCCCUGAUGGGGGAGAAUGCAGCCUGCCCUCCCUCCUCAAUCCCAUCCUGGCCCCUCCUCUCACCACUACAAAGAGGCCAGUACAGCGCAGAGGAGAAAGAGAAGGAUUCCUCAUUUUGCCUCCCCUUUAUGAGGAGCAGGGAUGACAUGUACAUCUUGUAUAUCCCCUCUUCCUCUCCUACUUUCUCCACUGGAGUAACAUUACUACCACUACUAGCCACUACUACUUCCCUUUAGUGCUAGUUCAUUAGUCUCCACUCCUCUCUUCUCUCUGCCUCUUGUUAGCUGUAGUGGUGUGUAAAAUGCUGCUUGAUGAUUUUGUUCAAACUAACCUCAUUUUGCCGUCUCAGUGCACAUUGUAAAUAGAAGGAUGUCUGGCCGCCGUACAGGGGGAAAAAGCCAGCAUGCGUUAUUUUUAAUUCCUCAUACCAUGACGUUUUAUUUAUUUGUAUGUUUGCUGUUGUAAAUAUAUAAUCAGCUCAGUGCUCCAGCACUACAGGCGGAUUUGUUCCAGUUUGCAAGGAUAUACAGUAGCAGGCAAGGACGUUAUUUUUCUUCAUAGUUCCCUUUACAUCUUGAGUUGACAUGACAGAUUCUUUUAAAAACAGUCAUCCUUUUUCACACCCAGUCGCUCAGAGACGCCCCUUGGCAUACUGUAUUGUUAUGUAGGCAGGAAAAGCUAAAUAUAGCCAAGGGGAAAGGAGACAGAAAACGAUGGGCUUGUCUGCGUGUUUGGAGGUGAUUUCGGGGUGAAAGAGUUGGGGAGGGUUUUUUUUUUGUUUUGUUUUUUAGGGGAAUAGGAGGAUUUGUGCCACCAGAGGGUAGUGCCUCAAGGUAAAAAGCAGCAGGGCAGAAAAGGCAAAGGAUUAUGGGUAAUCCUCUUUCCUGGUAUCAGAGGUAUGCGUACAGUCGAUAAUGAACUUGGGAUUGUUUGCUCAUUUGGGUGUUAGGACUCACACUGUUCCUGACUCAUUGUUUGUGUUUGUGUCUGCUGCCAUCAAUAUUUCAGAGGUAAAACUUCAGACGGUCACAAAACACCUUCCUGGGACUGUUUUGAGAUAUGAAAAUGAUGCUUUGAGUUCUAUGACUUUCAACCCUAACAUGGAGCAUGAAUACACAAAAAUAGUUAUUAUCUUUUCAGCAUUUUAGAAAUUCAAAAGACGGGACAAUUUAUGUGGUUUCUGGAACUGUAUAAUGUGUAGUUGCACAUAUUGGAAUCCUGUAGGAGUUAGGUAUGAGAAAGCAAGAAGCUGACUGAUUAAUUGACAAUAGGCAGCUGCAAAGUGUGAGUUUUUGCAGUAUUUUUGGCUCCAGUAGUCUUUAACACUCCAUUAAUCUUGUGGGUAUCACUCCCACAACAUCAUUUGUCCUUUGAAUUGGCAUAAUGUGGCAUAACGUGGUUUCAUAAACAUCAAUCCCGGUGUUUCAGUGGCUUCACAGCACUGCUCCUGGUGUUUCUUAGCGUAGCAUUUCUUAGUCUUUUAACAACGCAGCUGUGUGUUUUCUGGAUGAGAUGCUGUAGAAAAAGAGCCCACGUUUGGAAGGAAUCACUUUCCGCUGUCGCUGACUGCUUGGCCUGGUUGUUAGCGGCCCUGUUUUGUACGAGCAGAUGAGUAAUACGCCGAGGCUGACUGAGCCGAGCACUGAUUUGAUUUGAAAGCUGGAUAGAGAGGCAGAGUGUAAACCAGCGUAAAGAGCUGAUCUUCCAUUGGCUUGCCACAGACAUGCUUCCAGCCCAUUGAAUCAGAUGGAAUUCAUGCCCCAUGACUAUCGCAAUAAUUGCUCAUAAUGCGUUGUAAUAGUGAAUUACUGUUGGCCGUUAUGACAAGUUAAUAUGAUCGCUGUUACAAGUAGUCAUGGUUAAUGAGCAGCUUUCCCGUUAUGGACGUCAUUUAGUGUCAAUAAAGGGCAUCUUGGAGGUGUUAAGCACACUUAUAAUGCAUUGUAACACCGGUCUUCCAUUCUCAGAAUAACUCAUUUGAACAACGUUGCAUUUCAGCUGAGCUGAGCUAAGAAAUGCUUUUGUUUGUCACAUCCUCAGUCUUUUUUAAUAAUAAGCAAAAACAAGUUUAGCAUGCAAACAUUAAAGUCUUCCAACGUCGGCUCAGUAUAGACUCAGCAUAUGUAUUCAGACAGUACGUGCAUACAAACAAACAGUUGAUUAAUGGUAGUUAUUAUUCAUAGUCUUCACUGUUUCCUGGAAGUGUUUGCUCAGUGUGGAUACUUGGGUAACCACAGGGGAGGAGGAAAGAAACAGAAGAAGACAGACGUCGGCAGGAAAUUCAGACUAAACCGUACAUGCGAACAGGUUUGUGCGUGGGAGAUGAAUAGCAGGCCAUUUAUUUUACCGGAUUUCUGCUGAUGUUGUGUCGCAGCACUCUGACACUCAUUCCCGCUCGCAGCCCUUAGAAGGAUCUGUACGUACUGUACGUGACAAGUGGCGUGCUAGACAGGUAAAUUAUAGUCCACCCCAGCACUGCACUCCCCUACGUCUAUCUAAUGAAGGAGGAUUGAGCACAAGGGGGUGGACAUCUCCCCUCAUCUUAACCUUGCACAGAUGAAGCAAGAUAAAAUGCAUUACACGGUGGGGAAGACUUUCACUCAGCUCAGCAUGAUCCCGGACUGGUUUGGUCGCUACAUGCAGUGUUUGUUUUUUGGGCAGAACGUAGGAUUGACAUGUUUAAAUUGACACAGCUGCAUUUGGUGUAAACUAGUCAUUUUGUAAUAUUUUCAGUGGGUACGAUGGCCACAAUUACAUAUUUUUUUCAUAAAAAACGAUGUCCAAGUCUUAAAAUAAAGAUAAAGAUGAUGUAAAAUGCCAAGAAAGAUGAAACGGGUCAGAUAUCUUUGUGAAUUUGAAAUUAAAUAAACCACAAACCCGCUCCUGGAUUGACCCCUGGGCUCAGCCAGCUCUGCACUCCCCGUAGUUUCCUUCAUGUCCACGUUUGCUGCAGGUCUAAUGGAGUUCCAUACGGAGGCUUUGCAGUUAGGAGAAUAAAUUGCUUAUUUAUUGAGGUGACUGAGCGUGGCAUUGUAGAGAAGUUAUUAUUGCAACAGUGUGAAGACAGAUUGGCCGGUCCCCUUCGUGGCCACCUUGAGAGCAGCCGUCUCCACUGAAGGACGCUGAAAGAGUCCAGAAAGGGAUUUUUGUCAUUGAUCAUGUAGUAGGUAGUGAUGGUAGUGGUAGUAGCGGACAUGCUUUGACAGUAUGCUGUCUGGACAUUCUUGAUUCAGGAAUCAUUUAGCAGCUAAUCAAUGUCCUAAUGGCAGCACUAUCAUAGUUUACUUUCAGUCAACAGGAUCAAGUUGAGCACUCUGCCUCAGGCUGAAGAGGUCGAAAAAUAAUUCAUUGUGUGUGUUUAUGUUCAUACGUUCAGUUAUUCAGUUGUUGUAGCACAGGUAUGAUGUGUAGGUACUAGAUUCUCAGUCCACGUCAGUUUUUCAGUGUAGUUGCUGCAGGGUUGCAUGUGCAACAUAACAUCUAGCACAAAGUUGGUCAACACCACAAAAUUACUAUCUAAAUACAGAAUAUUUCCAUUGUAGACUGUGUCAGUCUUAACGACCAGGUGCACCCAUGUUGAGUUUAAGAUGUUCCUAAUCUAAAGAUCUGGAGCCGGUUGCACCAGCAGUUCGUAAAUUCAGACGUUACCAAGUUGUAAGUGGAGAUCCACACAUCACUAAAUGAAAAUGAGGUGUAACCACACACUUGUUCUUACGUAGAGAUUAUUUGUAAUUAAAUGUUUACACCAGGUAUGAGCUAACUGAACCAACAAAAAAUGCAAACUUUAGCUCGUUAAAAUAUCAUCAAAUUAGGCUGACGCUACAUAAAAAUGCUGAUCAAAGGUGCUAAAUACGGGAUUGGGAGCAUUCCUAUUGCCUCUCAACAGCUCUCAAAAUGGAGCAGCGUAUUGCGGCUUGUAGUUAACAGCGCUAACAGUGCAAACAACAAGGAAAGUGCUGACAGAGUUAACAGUGUUUACCUGAGGGGAACCAGAGGGUGGGUGCUACACUUCUGUGACGACACCAUCAUGCAGAGCGGCGGCCGGCUACUAAAGGCAUGCACGGCCAGCCUGGCUAUGUUAUCAAAGCUCAGAGAAGCUCAGAGAAACUCAGAUUACAACACACACAGAAGGAGAGUGACUUCAUUCUCUGCUCAGGUAGACAUUACUCCUCUAUAUGUUUAAAUAGCAAAUAGUUGUUUGCUGCUAUAUUAAUGCUCUGGAUAUCAAGUUUAGCACCUUUACUAAUGAUGUAAACUGGGAAGUUUUGAAAUUACAUUUCACAAAAAAUAACGCAUUAUACCUCAAAUAACAAUCGUUAUGCUGAUGACAUGAGACUAAAUGACCAAAUAAUGUCAAGUUAGUGUAUUCAGAUAUUUUACACUCAUUUGAUCAAUACCACUAAGUCUGAAACACAUAUUUCUCCAUGCAUGCAUAUUUAAAUAAAACAAACUGAUUUACAAAUUACUUAAGUCUUUACUCGCUGAGACAUUCCUCAAGUUUUAAUGGGGAAACCCAGUUCAGUAAAUCGCUCGUAAAAGCUACUGUACAGUAGCUGGUUGUUACUAAGGAUUUGGAAAGACUUAACACACAAACUUAGUGGUGGAUUUACAAACAGCUGGUGCAACAUAAUCCUGGUUCUAGAUCUAAAUGUAGACUUUACCUAGGAUACAAACACCUGCUCAGUAAAAUUGUUGUUUUUGCCGAUUCAUCUAUAGAUUUAACUCACACAUUCAUAAAGCAUAUAAAGGAUAUUCCUACUGGAACAAACCCUAAUGCAUAAUAGGCAGGUUACUAUCACCAUCCAUCCAUGACCAGGUUGCGUCUGGUUUAUUUUAUGAGAACGAUGUUACAUUAUUAGCUCAUCAUAACAAAUUCUAACAGCCGUGAUAACCCAUAAUCCAUUAUAAUUGUAUGCUGUAAUUAUAGUGUUGCUGAUUUGUGCUCCCUGUUUUUAACUGCUUGUCCCUCUCUUCCUCUCUGCGAUCCUCUAAUUAGUUGCUUCCAGUCUUUUUUUCUGAGCAGAGAAUCUGACCCAUGCUGCUUUUAACCCGGAUGCACUGACUGCUUUAACAUCACUCACAUCUCUCCACCACUUCACUUCCUCAUGCACCGCAUCAAGAGUAAUGCCAGCUGUGAGGCGUCCGUGGUUGUUAUACUACUGAGUUUUUGUUUCGUGAGCAAAGUCAGCAUUGCUGUCUCAUUCUCUUGCCUCUCCAUCUUCAUCUGAGCCAUCGACAUCUUUCCUUUGGCAAGGGCUAUCAGUCUUUGGGUAGACAGGCACACACUGGAAGAAAACACUGGAGGAAAUAACCUGGAAACUCCAAAAUAGCAAGGAAACCCCCAGAGUUGGAAAAAAAAACAACUUCCGAUCAUGAACCAGCAAAGAAGCCCCCCUUCAACCCCCAGCUACAGUUGUGGACUGUGGAAGGAGCCCUCAUUGACUCUACUUGGCUGGAUAUUAGCUCUUGUUGACCCAGUGACUUUCCUUCACCAACUGCUUCCUCUUAUUAUCACGUGUUUUUGGACUAUUAGUCUGUGAGUUGUAGUUGUUGCUCUUUCUCUCCUUGCCAAACCAUUCAUAGUUUCAUAUUUGACUUCUUGAUGUUUGAUUACUUGAAGGGCAAUGUUCAGUCACCUACAUUUUUCUACCAGUUAGUGUAAAACGAAGGUUGGGGGAAGAAGACAGCGAUGGGGAAUUAUAUCUUUUUAUGGGGUGGGAUGAUGAUAUACACGGGCAAAUAUAAGAAACUAUUGGCUCCAAUGUCUGCAAAAACUCUCGUGAGACUCGCUGCCUGACGACCUAUCCUAACCUUAACUAUUCAAGGUCAAUGCCUAAACUUAAGUAUUGACCUACAAUAGUUAAGUUUAGGCAUUGACCUUGAAUAAACU